GGCGAACUUUCGUAUUGCGGCAGUCGGCAAUGCUAAAGGUCUCAUUCUAACGUUUUUCGUCUCGGUCGAAAGGUGUUAGGCUCACCGCUGUUCGAUUUUCUUGAGAAAAUUGAUUAAGUCGGCCAAUCUUUCGAGAAAUAAUUAUGUCUGCUUAUAAAGAGUCUGGUGAUCAUGUGGAUGAUGCUCAAAACUGGCCCAUUCAUCGUAUUAGAAUUACGUUAACCAGCCGUAAUGUACGAAGUUUAGAAAAAGUUUGUUCUGACCUGAUAAAAGGAGCUAAAGACAAAGAGUUAAAAGUAAAGGGACCAGUUCGUAUGCCAACAAAAGUCUUGAGAAUUACUACACGUAAAACACCUUGCGGUGAAGGUUCCAAGACAUGGGAUCGUUAUCAGAUGAGAAUCCACAAACGUGUAAUUGAUUUACACAGUCCAUCUGAGAUUGUUAAACAGAUUACUUCAAUUAGUAUUGAACCAGGUGUAGAGGUUGAAGUAACUAUUGCAGAUGCUUAAGUAAUUUUUGCUAAUAAAAGUAAAAGUUAUCACUGAG